AUGUCAAUUCCUGCCACUCAGAAAGCAGCCUACGCCAAUGCCAUUUCCGAAACGCCGGAUGGCAUCAUCUACGGAGAUGUGGAAUCUCCUCAGAUUACCGGUCCUGAUGAUGUAAUCAUCAAGAACAAGUAUUCGGGUGUCAAUUUCAUCGAGUCAUACUUCAGAAAGGGAAUCUAUCCGGCCAAAUUUCCUUAUAUCUUCGGUAGAGAAGCUGCUGGUGUUGUUGCUGCUGUAGGUGACAAUGUGUCGAACUACAAAGUGGGAGAUAAGGUUGCUUAUUUGUCUCCUGGAACGUUCGCUCAAUACACCAAAAUCUCUCAAGGCGCCGUUCAGGCCACGAAGUUGCCAGAAUCUACUUCGGACGAGCAAUUGAAGCUCUGGGGUGCUUCCUUGGUUCAAGGUUUGACUGCUAUUACAUUUGCUCAUGAGGCCUACGAGGUCAAGAAGGGUGACUACAUCUUGGUGUGGGCCGCUGCAGGUGGUGUCGGCCAGAUCUUGACCCAGUACAUCUCCAGUUUGGGUGCUCAUGUGAUUGCCACAGCAUCAACUGAUGAAAAGUUGGCUAUUGCAAAGCUGUUGGGUGCUGAGUACUUAAUCAAGCUGAGUGACGACGUGGUUGCUAAGGUCAAGGAGAUCACAGGUGGAAAGGGUGUGGCUGCAUCCUUUGAUGGUCUUGGAAAGGACACUUUCCAGGCAUCAUUGGACUCGUUGGCCAGAAAGGGUACGUUGGUGACGUACGGAAAUGCCACUGGUGUGGUACCCCCACUUUCCGUCAACAUCUUGAGUCCUAAGAACAUUAAGGUUAUCAGACCCCAGGUAUUUGGAUACACCACUGAGAAAGAGGAAUGGAACCAUUACACUGGUGUUUUGCAGAAGGCUUUGGUUGACGAGGUUAUCAAGAUUGAACUCACCACUUAUCCAUUGUCUGAGUACAAGGAGGCCACGACCGCUUUGGAGGGCAGAAAGACCACAGGUAAGUUGGUGUUGGAGAUUCCCCAAUAG